UUAGUCAACUCAAAUAAUGAAAUUCCACCAUGAAAAAAGUGCCAACGAAAUACCAGUAAAUAACUUGCAAUAUUAGACCACAAACCGUUGACUACAUAAACCCUGUUAAAUCCAUCCAUAAUAACAGCAGUUCAUAUUUCAUAUUCCAUAUUCCAUUAAUUUCCAUUUGUAUAUUCAUAAUAAUAUGAACCAACAAAUAAUAAUAGGAGAAAGUAGCAGCUCAAGUGUAGAGAGUUUAAGGAUGCUUAUGAUGAGUGAUGAUGGAGUUAUAGAUAAAGCCAUAGCAAGUCUUGGUAAAGGCUUUGACUUAACUUUAGAUUUUAGGCUUAAAUAUUGUAAAGGUAAUAAAAGGUUAGUUUUGAUUAAUGAAGAUCAGAAGAAGCACUUGUUUGUUCCUGGUUUUGGUACUCUUAAACAACCUACUUCUAUUGAUAUUAAAUGUGAUAAGGGUGAUCAUACUCGUCACCAAUCUGAUAUCCUCGAGUUCAAUCAGAUGUCGGAGUUCUUCAAUAGAAGAUCUGCAAUCUCAGGGAAGAUUCCAUCAGGUUUGUUUAAUUCAUUGUUCAAAUUUGUGAGUGGUUCAUGGGCAAAAGAUGCUGGUAAUGUGAAAAUGUUGGGUCUUGAUGGCUACUCUAUUGUUUUGUUCAAUCUACACAUUGAGCGUUAUCCUCUGCUUCUUUCUAAUGAAGUCCUCAAUGAUGUUCCUGCCAAUUGGGACCCUCCUGGAAUUGCAAGGUUUAUCAAAAAAUAUGGGACACAUAUCAUAGUGGGAAUAAGCAUUGGAGGGCAAGAUUUGGUUUUAGUGAAGCAAGAGAAAUCAUCAAAACUUGAUUCGUCACAACUUGGGAAGCACUUGUAUGAUCUUGGAGACCAGUUGUUUACAGGCACGUGUCGCUUCACUCCUCAUCGCAAAAGUAAAGAGAAUAGACAGAAGAUGCCAUCUGCAUUCAACAUAUUUCAGCAGCAAGCUGAGCUUUCGGAUAGCCUUUCUACUGUCACUUCCCAAGAUGGAAUCACAGUGAUAAGUGCAAAAAGAGGGGGAGAUCCUUCAUUUAGCAACCACCUUGAGUGGCUUCCGACAGUUACAUUGAUGCCCGAUGCAAUCAACUUCAGUUUCAUUCCAAUAACGUCGCUUCUCAAAGGUGUUCAUGGGAAAGGCUACUUGUCACAUGCCAUCAAUCUAUACCUUCGUUAUAAGCCACUGAUUCCUGAUUUACCGUAUUUUUUGGACUUCCAAUGCGCUAGGAUAUGGGCGCCACUACACAGUGAUCUCCCGUUAGCCCCAACUGCAAAUAUUUCACUACCACCAACUGCUCUUCAUUUCAACAUCAUGAGUCCAAAAUUAUAUGUAAAUACUACCAAGGUCAAUGUUGAGAACAAGCCUGUUACAGGAAUGAGAUUAUACCUUGAAGGCAUGAAAUGCAACAGGUUGGCAAUACAUCUACAACAUCUAUCAACCAUGCCUUUAAUGCUCCAAAACAAAUUCGACACUACCUUAUUUUGGAAAGGAUCGGAUGAGGUAUCGGAUGAUAGGUACUCUGAACCGGUUCAGAAGAAAUACUCGCACGUAUGCACAGCACCAGUAAAAUACGCCCCUUCUUGGACUCACGACCAGGAAAAAGUGGUAUUUAUAGUCACCGGAGCUCAACUUCAUACUAAAAAAAACGGCUCAAAACAAGUCCUUCAUCUACGACUACAAUUCUCAAAAGUAUUAAACUUCGAAAUAGUUCAAUCAGAGUGGUGUCAAGGUUCAUCAGAAUCCACAUCACAGAAGCUAUCAAAGAACAGUAGUCCAAUGAGUUCGGGGAUUUUAGAGGCAGAAAAAGAGCAAAUGGUAGUCGUCGAUUCUAGUCUUUAUCCCAACGGGCCACCAGUCCCCAUUCAAAACCAAAAGUUUCUUCGAUUUGUAGAUACUAAUCAAACUUAUCGAGGGCCUCAAGAUAGUCCUGGGUAUUGGAUAGUUACCGGGGCUAGAUUAGCUUAUGUGCAGAACAAAAUAUCUUUACAGGUUAAAUUUUCGCUGAUAAACAUGCGCUCCUGACCCUGCAGAAAAGUAUUACUAGAAGCAGACGGGCAUUUAGCAUUUGUCGUAAGUAAAAGGUCGCGAGUUAGCUCUUUAAUUUUGCUCAAGAAUGAAAACCAUCAAUCUUCGGUAGGAAUGGAAUCGAGGGCAGUUGAGUUAAAACUAUCAAAAACAAGGUUCUAAAGACAAUCUACUACUACAAGAAGUUAACAUGAAUACUACAUCUUAGUACAGUACUACAGUUUAUGUGUACAAUUGUACAAAGAUUAUACAAGCCAUUGAGUACAAAUCAAUUUGAAUUAUUGAUUUAUUAAUCUUUGUUGUAAAUAUAUUGGUAAAUAUUUUACAAACUUUCUGUUAAUCAACAAGGGUUUAAAAGAUAAUUGUUAUUGUGAGUCAAAGUUGCUAUAUAUUGAAGGAAUUACUCAUCAAAA